AUGGUCAUGGCGUGGUCAUGCAUGAACAUUUUGGGAUGGACCAUCAUGGCGGCUUUUGGAAUGAACAUAGCCAUCAGUGUAAGAAUUUCCAACGAACUUGGAGCAGGUCAUCCAAGAACAGCAAAAUUCUCACUCACCGUUGCUGUGAUAUCGUCAUUUGUGGUUGGCAUCGUCCUCGCACUCGUUCUCGUCAUCACUAGAGAUUAUUACCCAUCUCUCUUCUCCAAUAAUUUGGCGGUGAAGCAGGUCGUAAAGGAUCUAACUCCUUUACUCGCUUUGUGCAUUGUCAUUAACAACGUUCAACCCGUUCUUUGCGGUGUGGCAAUUGGGGCUGGAUGGCAAGCAGUUGUGGCGUACGUGAACAUUGGGUGCUACUAUUUGUUUGGGAUUCCAUUGGGCUUGAUUAUGGGCUACAAAUUUCAUAUGGGCAUAACAGGGAUCUGGUUAGGUAUGAUGGCAGGAACGGUGGUACAAACACUUGUUCUUUACUGGAUGAUCUUCAUAACUAACUGGAAUAAGGAGGCUUCUAUUGCCGGAGAUCGGAUAAAGAAAUGGGGAGGAGAAGACUGUCAUAACGAGAUCGAUCACUAAUUAACGAUGGGGUCGUUUUCCCCCACCAAAUUAUGAUCAAUAGCGUACUAGGCUUCAUUUUUUGUCAUUAUUUAUAUUCUAGUGGCACCACCUAGUAGUAUAGCCACGUCUAUAUGCUUGAUCUUGAGAGAUUAUUGGGAUAACAUAAUCAGUGAUUUAAAUGUGUGAUUCAAUCACUUCCUUUACUAUGAAAUUGUUGGUAGAAUUAAUCAAAAUAUCCCACAUGAGUCCAUGC